AUGCUGUUCAUGGAGUCCUAUCUGUUCUGCGCCUCGGUUCGACUGGGCGUUAUUCUGAUAAGCGCGUUUGCAUUGAUAAAAAGCAUUACUAUUUUAUAUGUUAUCUCUACGGAGGGCUUUGAUUUCACGCUUUCGCUAAUUUCCACCUUCGACAUUAAUCUGAGCUAUCGAGCCAGCUACUAUAUGGUCAGAGAUACCAUUUACUGGCUGGAACAGUAUCCCGAGACAGUUACCAUAUUUCUGCAGCUUUAUACCAUUAUCCAUUGCAUGUCCUGCAUUCUUGCCGCCUUUGGGGCUUAUAAACUAAGGCGUUAUUUUGUUUUACCCUUGGCCAUAUUCGAGUUUGUGUAUAUCGUGCAAAUCCUAACGCUUUUCGUUCUCUUUCUGCGCAUCGUCAGGCAUUUCGUGAGCCUGGAAAAACUAAUAUUGCUAACUCUUACGGCGUCUGCCUACGCAAUGCUAACGGUCUAUGACUUCUUGGCGCUGAUCGCCUUUGAGCAAAUCAUGAAACUUGUGCGAAGCCGGCAAUACCAAGAGCUCUAUGGCUCGGAUCUGUUCAGGCCCAGACUCAAUAUGGUUCAUGUCUCGCCGAAAGUGGACAAAAGUAUGCCCAAAUGGUGGCAAGCGGAAAACUCGGAACCAAUUUCUGAUAUCAACUAUGGCCAAGAUGAGGCCCACAAGCAUUUCCAGAGCCAGGAACUGUUGGCCGAAGUCUUGCUUCGUAAUGCCAUCAACUUGGACUAUGCUCACAGAAAAGGAUUCUAA